ACAACUGGAGCACCAACAACAACGACAGCAGCACCAACCACAACUACAGCAGCAUCAACAACCACCACUGCAGCCCCAACCACAACAACUGGAGCACCAACAACAACUACAGCAGCUCCAACCACAACCACAACAACAGGAGCACCAACAACAACCACGACAGUUCCAACCACAACGACAGCAGCCCCAACCACAACAACUGGAGCACCAACAACAACCACAGCAGCACCAACCACAACAACUGGAGCACCAACAACAACCACAGCAGCACCAACCACAACUACAGCAGCUGCAACCACAACCACAGCACCUACAACCACAACGACAGCAGCUCCUAACACAACUCUGACUACAAUCACAGGAUUGCCAAUUAAAACCACAGCUACUUUAUCUACAACCACAGCAGCAGCAACCACAACAACAGGAGCACCAACUACAACGACAGCAGCUCCGACGACAACUACAGCUGCACCAACAACCACCACAGCAUCUCCAACCACAACUACAGCAGCUCCAACCACAACCACAGCAGCUCCAACCACAACCACAGCAGCACCAACCACAACUACAGCAGCAUCAACAACAACUACAGCAGCUCCAACCACAACCACAACAACAGGAGCACCAACAACAACCAUGACAGUUCCAACCACAACGACAGCAGCCCCAACCACAACAACUGGAGCACCAACAACAACGACAGCAGCACCAACCACAACUACAGCAGCAUCAACAACCACCACUGCAGCCCCAACCACAACAACUGGAGCACCAACAACAACUACAGCAGCUCCAACCACAACCACAACAACAGGAGCACCAACAACAACCACGACAGUUCCAACCACAACGACAGCAGCCCCAACCACAACAACUGGAGCACCAACAACAACCACAGCAGCACCAACCACAACAACUGGAGCACCAACAACAACCACAGCAGCACCAACCACAACUACAGCAGCUGCAACCACAACCACAGCACCUACAACCACAACGACAGCAGCUCCUAACACAACUCUGACUACAAUCACAGGAUUGCCAAUUAAAACCACAGCUACUUUAUCUACAACCACAGCAGCAGCAACCACAACCACAGAAGUUGAAACUACUACCACAGCAGCUCCUACCACUCCAGGUCCCACCACAACAUCUGCAGCUCCAUCAACCACCAUAGCAGCCCCAACCACAACAACUGGAGUACCAACUACAACCACAGAAGCUCCGAAAACAACCACAGCAGCUCCGUCCACCAGAGCCAACUACAACAAUUGA